AUGCCGCAGGGCUCCUGCCAGCGGUCCUCGGUUAAAAACGUGCUUACAGAUUAUUUCACUUCCCGCACGCAGUCUCGUGGGCAGCAGCUUAGUACCUCCCGCUUCAAUCACCGCUGCCAGCUUCUCACCCUGAACGUUUCCCCUCCCCCUUUCAGGGACACCGGUCACAGCGGGGCGGGGGUUCCCUGUCUCCGAGGAUCUUACGCACCCCGCUUUAGAAGCGCGGGCCCCGGCAUCCCUACAGCGCCCGCAAGCCUCGCGCCCCUCCGCGACCCUUCCGGGUGCGCACCGCAGGGCGAAGUGCUCAUUUCCCUGCACAUUGCAGGCAACCCCACCUACUACGUACCGGGACAAGAAUACCAUGUGACAAUUUCAACAAGCACCUUCUUUGAUGGCUUGCUGGUGACAGGACUAUACACAUCUACAAGUGUUCAGGCUUCACAGAGCAUUGGAGGUUCCAAUGCUUUUGGAUUUGGCAUCAUGUCUGACCACCAGUUCGGUAACCAGUUUAUGUGCAGUGUGGUGGCCUCUCAUGUGAGUCACCUGCCCACAACAAACCUCAGCUUCGUCUGGAUCGCUCCACCCGCUGGCACAGGCUGUGUGAAUUUUAUGGCGACAGCAACACACAGAGGCCAGGUUAUUUUCAAAGACGCUUUAGCCCAGCAGUUGUGUGAACAAGGAGCUCCAACAGAGGCCACUCUGCACCCACAUCUAGCUGAAAUACACAGUGACAGUAUUAUCCUACGAGAUGACUUUGACUCCUACCACCAACUGGGAUUGAAUCCAAAUAUAUGGGUUGAAUGUAACAACUGUGAGACUGGAGAACAGUGUGGGGCAAUUAUGCAUGGCAGUGCUGUCACCUUCUGUGAGCCAUAUGGUCCGAGAGAAUUGAUUACCACAAGCCUUAAUACAACAACAGCCUCUAUCCUCCAGUUAUUUACAGGUUCAGGUUCAUGUCGCUUUAGUUAUUCAGACCCCAGCAUCAUCGUGUCAUAUACAAAGAAUAAUACUGCGGACUGGAUUCAGCUUGAGAAAAUUAGGUUUGUUCAGGAAAGCCUCCAUGUAGGCGAAGUGUAUGAAGCCUGCUGGGCCUUAGAUAAUAUCUUGAUCAUCAAUUCAGCUCACAGACAAGUCAUGUUAGAAGAUAGUCUCGACCCAGUGGACACGGGCAACUGGCUUUUCUUCCCAGGAGCUACAGUUAAGCAUAGCUGUCAGUCAGACGGGAACUCCAUUUAUUUCCAUGGAAAUGAAGGCAGUGAGUUCAAUUUUGCCACCACCCGGGAUGUAGAUCUUUCUACUGAGGAUAUUCAAGAGCAAUGGUCAGAAGAAUUUGAGAGCCAGCCUACAGGGUGGGACAUCUUGGGAGCUGUCAUUGGUACAGAAUGUGGAACAAUUGAGUCUGGUUUAUCAAUGGUCUUCCUCAAAGAUGGAGAGAGGAAAUUAUGCACUCCAUAUAUGGACACUACUGGUUACGGAAACCUGAGGUUUUACUUCCUUAUAGGAGGAAUCUGUGACCCAGGGGACUCUCAUGAAAAUGAUAUCAUCCUGUAUGCAAAGACUGAGGGGAGAAAAGAGCACAUUGCACUGGAUUCGCUUUCCUAUUCCUCAUAUAAGGUUCCAACUUUAGUUUCUGUGGUCAUCAAUCCUGAACUUCAGACUCCUGCUACCAAAUUUUGCCUCAGGCAAAAGAACCAUCAAGGACAUAAUAGGAAUGUCUGGGCUGUAGACUUUUUUCACAUCUUACCUGUUCUCCCAACUACGAUGUCUCACAUGAUACAGUUUUCCAUUAAUCUAGGAUGUGGAACGCAUCAACCUGGUAACAGUGUCAGCUUGGAGUUUUCUACCAACCAUGGGCGCUCCUGGUCCCUCCUCCACACUGAGUGUUUACCUGAGAUCUGUGCCGGCCCCCACCUCCCGCACAGCACUGUCUACUCCUCGGAAAACUACAGUGGGUGGAACCGAAUAACGAUUCCCCUUCCUAAUGCAGCACUAACCCGGGACACCAGGAUCCGCUGGAGACAAACAGGACCAAUCCUUGGAAACAUGUGGGCAAUUGAUAAUGUUUACAUUGGCCCAUCUUGCCUCAAAUUCUGCUCUGGCCGAGGACAGUGCACUCGACAUGGUUGCAAGUGUGACCCUGGAUUUUCAGGCCCCGCUUGUGAGAUGGCAUCCCAGACAUUUCCAAUGUUCAUUUCUGAAAGCUUUGGCAGUUCUAGGCUCUCCUCCUACCAUAACUUUUACUCUAUCCGGGGUGCUGAAGUCAGCUUUGGUUGUGGUGUCUUGGCCAGUGGUAAGGCCCUGGUUUUCAACAGAGAUGGAAGGCGUCAGCUAAUUACAUCCUUCCUUGACAGCUCGCAGUCCAGGUUUCUUCAGUUCACUCUGAGGCUGGGAAGCAAGUCUGUUCUGAGCACAUGCAGAGCCCCAGACCAGCCUGGCGAAGGAGUUCUAUUGCAUUAUUCUUAUGAUAACGGGAUUACUUGGAAACUCCUGGAGCACUAUUCAUAUCUCAACUACCAUGAGCCCAGAAUAAUCUCGGUAGAAUUACCAGAUGAUGCAAGACAAUUUGGAAUUCAGUUCAGAUGGUGGCAACCAUAUUAUUCUUCCCAGGGAGAAGAUGUAUGGGCUAUUGAUGAGAUUAUCAUGACAUCUGUGCUUUUCAACAGCAUUAGUCUGGACUUUACCAAUCUUGUAGAAGUCACUCAAUCUCUGGGAUUCUACCUUGGAAAUGUUCAGCCAUACUGUGGCCAUGACUGGACUCUUUGUUUUACAGGAGAUUCUAAACUUGCUUCAAGUAUGCGCUAUGUGGAAACACAAUCAAUGCAGAUAGGAGCAUCCUAUAUGAUUCAGUUCAGUUUGGUGAUGGGAUGUGGCCAGAAAUACACUCCACACAUGGACAACCAGGUGAAACUGGAGUACUCAACCAACCACGGCCUCACCUGGCACCUUGUCCAGGAAGAAUGCCUUCCAAGUAUGCCAAGUUGUCAGGAAUUUACCUCGGCAAGUAUUUACCAUGCCAGUGAGUUCAUACAGUGGAGAAGAGUCACAGUACUUCUUCCCCAGAAAACUUGGUCCAGUGCCACCCGCUUCCGUUGGAGUCAGAGCUACUACACAGCCCAAGAUGAGUGGGCGUUGGACAGCAUCUACAUUGGGCAGCAGUGCCCAAACAUGUGCAGUGGACACGGCUGGUGUGAUCACGGGAUAUGCAGGUGUGACCAUGGAUACCAAGGCACCGAAUGUCGCCCCGAAGCUGCUCUCCCUUCCACAAUUAUGUCAGAUUUUGAGAACCAGAAUGGUUGGGAGUCUGACUGGCAAGAAGUUAUUGGGGGAGAAAUUGUAAAACCGGAACAAGGGUGUGGGGUCAUCUCUUCUGGAUCAUCUCUGUAUUUCAGCAAGGCUGGGAAAAGACAGUUGGUGAGCUGGGAUCUGGAUACUUCUUGGGUGGACUUUGUCCAGUUCUACAUCCAGAUAGGCGGAGAGAGUGCUGCAUGCAACAAGCCGGACAGCAGAGAGGAGGGCGUCCUCCUUCAGUAUAGCAACAACGGAGGCAUCCAGUGGUACCUGCUGGCAGAGAUGUACUUCUCAGACUUCAGCAAACCCAGAUUUGUCUAUCUGGAGCUUCCAGCUGCUGCCAAGACUCCUUGUACCAGGUUCCGCUGGUGGCAGCCUGUGUUCUCAGGGGAGGACUAUGACCAAUGGGCAGUCGAUGACAUCAUCAUUCUCUCUGAGAAGGAGAAGCAGAUUAUCCCAGUUGUCAACCCAACUUUACCCCAGAACUUUUACGAGAAGCCAGCUUUUGAUUACCCUAUGAACCAAAUGAGUGUGUGGUUGAUGUUGGCUAAUGAAGGAAUGGUUAAAAAUGAAACCUUCUGCUCUGUCACGCCAUCAGCUAUGGUAUUUGGGAAAUCAGAUGGGGAUCGAUUUGCAGUAACUCGAGAUUUAACUCUGAAACCUGGAUAUGUGCUACAGUUCAAGCUAAACAUAGGGUGUGCCAAUCAAUUCAGCAACGCUUCCCCAGUUCUCCUUCAGUACUCUCAUGAUGCUGGUAUGUCCUGGUUUCUGGUGAAAGAAGGCUGUUACCCAGCUUCUGCAGGCAAAGGAUGUGAGGGCAACUCCAGAGAACUCAGUGAGCCCACCAUGUAUCACACGGGGGACUUUGAAGAAUGGACAAGAAUCACCAUUGUUAUUCCAAGGUCUCUUGCAUCCAGCAAAACCAGAUUCCGAUGGAUCCAGGAAAGCAGCUCCCAGAAAAACGUGCCUCCAUUUAGCUUGGACGGAGUGUAUGUAUCUGAGCCUUGUCCCAGUUACUGCAGUGGCCAUGGGGACUGCGUUUCAGGAGUGUGUUUCUGUGACCUGGGGUAUACCGCUGCACAAGGAACCUGUGUGUCUAAUGUCCCUAAUCACAGUGAGAUGUUCGAUAGGUUUGAGGGGAAGCUCAGUCCUCUGUGGUACAAGAUAACUGGUGGCCAGGUUGGAACUGGCUGUGGAACGCUUAACGAUGGCAAAUCUCUCUACUUCAAUGGGCCUGGGAAAAGGGAAGCGAGGACUGUCCCCAGACUUGUUCAAUUUUACAUACAAAUUGGGAGCAAAACUUCAGGUAUUACCUGCAUCAAACCAAGAGCAAGAAAUGAAGGUAAGCUGUUGUGUUUCCAUAGAAAUAAUGGCUCACUCUCGUGGUCUUUGGUGAGAGGCCUNGACUUCAUGUCAUUUCUGGAGCCACAGAUGAUUUCCAUUGACCUGCCAAGGGAGGCGAAGACGCCUGCAACGGCAUUUCGAUGGUGGCAGCCUCAACAUGGGAAGCAUUCAGCCCAGUGGGCUUUGGAUGAUGUCCUUAUAGGAAUGAAUGACAGCUCACAAACUGGGUUUCAAGACAAAUUUGAUGGCUCUCUAGAUUUGCAAGCCAACUGGUAUCGAAUCCAAGGAGGCCAAGUGGAUAUUGACUGUCUGUCUAUGGAUACUGCUCUGAUAUUCAGUGAAAACAUAGGGAAACCGCGUUAUGCUGAGACCUGGGAUUUUCAUGUGUCAGCAUCAACCUUCUUGCAGUUUGAAAUGAGCAUGGGCUGUAGCAAGCCCUUCAGCAACUCCCACAGUGUGCAGCUCCAGUAUUCUCUGAACAACGGCAGGGACUGGCAUCUUGUCACCGAUGAGUGUGUUCCUCCAACCAUUGGCUGUCUGCACUACACAGAAAGUUCAAUUUACACCUCAGAAAGACUCCAGAAUUGGAAGCGGAUCACUGUCUACCUUCCACUCUCCACCAUCUCUCCCAGGACCCGGUUCAGAUGGAUUCAGGCCAACUACACUAUGGAGGCUGAUUCCUGGGCGAUUGAUAAUGUCAUCUUGGCCUCAGGAUGUCCUUGGAUGUGCUCAGGACGAGGGAUUUGUGAUGCUGGACGCUGCAUGUGUGACAGGGGCUUUGGUGGGCCCUACUGUGUUCCUGUUCUUCCUCUGCCAUCCAUUCUUAAAGAUGAUUUCGAUGGGAACUUACAUCCUGACCUUUGGCCUGAAGUCUACGGUGCAGAGAGGGGGAAUCUGAAUGGUGAAACCAUCAAAUCUGGAACAUCUCUCAUUUUUAAAGGGGAAGGACUAAGGAUGCUUGUUUCAAGAGAUCUAGAUUGUACGAAUACUAUGUAUGUCCAGUUCUCACUUAGAUUUAUAGCAAAAGGUACCCCGGAGAGGUCUCAUUCUAUUUUAUUGCAAUUCUCCAUCAAUGGAGGAAUCACUUGGCACCUGAUGGAUGAAUUUUACUUCCCUCAAACGACCAAUAUACUUUUCAUUAAUGUUCCCUUGCCAUACACUGCCCAAACCAACGCUACAAGAUUCAGGCUCUGGCAACCUUAUAAUAAUGGUAAGAAAGAAGAAAUCUGGAUUGUUGAUGACUUCAUUAUUAAUGGAAAUAAUUUAAACAACCCUGUGAUGCUUCUGGAUACAUUUGACUUUGGGCCCAGGGAAGACAAUUGGUUUUUCUAUCCUGGUGGUAACAUUGGUCUUUAUUGCCCAUACUCUUCAAAAGGAGCACCUGAGGAAGAUUCUGCCAUGGUGUUUGUUUCAAAUGAAGUUGGUGAGCAUUCCAUUACCACCUGUGACCUGAAUGUGAAUGAGAAAUCUGUGCGUUUCAGAUGGUACCAGGGAUUUUACCCUGCGGGCUCUCAGCCCGUGACAUGGGCCAUUGAUAAUGUCUAUGUUGGUCCCCAAUGUGAAGAGAUGUGUAAUGGGCAUGGCAGUUGUAUCAAUGGAACCAAGUGUAUAUGUGAUCCUGGCUACUCAGGUCCAACCUGUAAAAUAAGCACCAAAAAUCCUGAUUUUCUCAAAGAUGAUUUUGAAGGUCAGCUAGAAUCUGAUAGAUUCUUAUUAAUGAGUGGUGGGAAGCCAUCUCGCAAGUGUGGAAUCCUUUCCAGUGGAAACAACCUCUUUUUCAAUGAAGAUGGCUUGCGCAUGUUGAUGACUCGAGACCUGGAUUUAUCACAAGCUAGAUUUGUGCAGUUCUUCAUGAGACUGGGAUGUGGUAAAGGUGUUCCAGACCCCAGGAGCCAACCUGUACUUCUACAGUAUUCUCUCAAUGGCGGCCUCUCAUGGAGUCUCCUUCAAGAGUUCCUCUUCAGCAAUUCCAGCAAUGUGGGCAGGUACAUAGCCCUGGAGAUACCCUUGAAAGCUCGUUCUAGUUCUACUCGUCUCCGCUGGUGGCAACCAUCUGAAAAUGGGCACUUCUACAGCCCCUGGGUUAUUGACCAGAUACUUAUUGGAGGAAAUAUUUCUGGGAAUACAGUCUUGGAAGAUGAUUUUUCAACUCUGGAUAGUAGGAAAUGGCUGCUUCACCCUGGAGGCACCAAGAUGCCCGUGUGUGGCUCUACUGGUGAUGCCCUGGUCUUCAUUGAAAAGGCCAGCACACGUUAUGUGGUCACCACGGAUAUUGCUGUGAAUGAGGAUUCGUUCCUGCAGAUUGAUUUCGCUGCCUCCUGCUCAGUCACGGACUCUUGUUAUGCUAUUGAAUUGGAAUACUCAGUAGAUCUUGGACUGUCUUGGCACCCUUUGGUAAGAGACUGUCUGCCUACCAAUGUUGAAUGCAGUCGCUAUCAUCUGCAGCGGAUCCUGGUGUCAGAUACUUUCAACAAGUGGACCAGAAUCACGCUGCCCCUCCCUCCUUACACCAGGUCCCAAGCCACUCGUUUCCGUUGGCAUCAACCAGCUCCUUUUGACAAGCAGCAGACUUGGGCAAUAGACAAUGUCUAUAUUGGGGAUGGCUGCAUAGAUAUGUGCAGUGGCCAUGGGAGGUGCAUCCAAGGUGGAUCUAGCUGUGACGAGAAGUGGGGUGGCCUGUACUGUGAUGAGCCAGAGACCUCCCUUCCAACCCAGCUCAAAGACAACUUCAACCGAGCUCCAUCCAACCAGAACUGGCUGACUGUGAAUGGAGGGAAAUUGAGUACUGUGUGUGGAGCUGUGGCUUCAGGAAUGGCACUGCAUUUCAGCGGGGGUUGUAGUCGAUUGUUAGUCACAGUGGAUCUAAACCUCACUAAUGCGGAGUUUAUCCAAUUUUACUUCAUGUAUGGAUGCCUGAUUACACCAAACAACCGUAACCAAGGUGUUCUCUUAGAAUAUUCUGUCAAUGGAGGCAUUACCUGGAACCUACUCAUGGAAAUUUUCUAUGACCAGUACAGUAAACCUGGCUUUGUGAAUAUCCUUCUUCCUCCUGAUGCUAAAGAGAUUGCCACUCGCUUCCGCUGGUGGCAGCCAAGGCACGACGGCCUGGAUCAGAACGACUGGGCCAUUGACAACGUGCUCAUCUCAGGCUCUGCUGACCAGAGGACCGUCAUGUUGGACACGUUCAGCAGUGCCCCAGUGCCUCAGCACGAGCGCUCCCCCGCGGAUGCUGGCCCUGUCGGGAGGAUUGCUUUCGGCAUGUUCAUGGAGGACAAAACUGCAGUAAAUGAGCAUUGGCUAUUCCAUGAUGAUUGUACAGUAGAAAGAUUCUGUGACUCCCCUGAUGGUGUCAUGAUUUGUGGCAGUCAUGAUGGCAGAGAAGUGUAUGCAGUGACCCAUGACCUGACUCCCACUGAAGGCUGGAUUAUGCAAUUCAAGAUCUCCGUUGGAUGCAAAGUGUCUGAAAAAAUUGCCCAAAAUCAAAUUCAUGUGCAGUAUUCUACCGACUUUGGUGUGAGCUGGAAUUAUCUGGUCCCUCAGUGCUUGCCUGCUGACCCAAAAUGUUCUGGAAGUGUUUCUCAGCCGUCUGUAUUCUUUCCAACUAACACCUGGAAAAGGAUCACCUACCCACUUCCUGAAAGCUUAGUGGGAAAUCCAGUAAGGUUUAGGUUCUAUCAGAAGUACUCAGAUAUGCAGUGGGCAAUCGAUAAUUUCUACCUGGGCCCUGGAUGCCUGGACAACUGCAGGGGCCAUGGAGACUGCUUAAAGGAGCAGUGCAUCUGCGACCCAGGAUACUCUGGCCCCAACUGCUAUUUGACUCACACCCUGAAGACUUUCCUUAAGGAACGCUUUGACAGUGAAGAGAUCAAGCCUGACUUAUGGAUGUCCUUAGAAGGAGGAAAUACUUGUACCGAGUGUGGAAUUCUUGCCGAGGACACUGCACUCUAUUUUGGGGGGUCCACUGUGAGACAAGCUAUCACUCAAGAUUUGGAUCUCAGAGGUGCAAAAUUCCUGCAAUACUGGGGACGCAUAGGUAGUGAAAACAACAUGACCUCUUGUCAUCGGCCCAUCUGCCGGAAGGAAGGCGUGCUGCUGGAUUAUUCCACUGAUGGAGGAGUUACAUGGACUCUGCUCCAUGAGAUGGAUUACCAGAAAUAUAUUUCUGUUAGACAUGACUACAUACUCCUUCCCGAGGAUGCUCUAACCAAUACAACUCGACUUCGCUGGUGGCAGCCUUUUGUGAUCAGCAAUGGAAUUGUGGUCUCUGGGGUUGAGCGUGCUCAGUGGGCACUAGAUAACAUUUUAAUUGGAGGAGCAGAAAUCAAUCCAAGUCAACUAGUGGACACUUUUGAUGAUGAAGGCACUUCCCAUGAAGAAAACUGGAGUUUUUACCCAAAUGCAGUAAGGACGGCAGGAUUCUGUGGCAAUCCAUCCUUCCACCUCUACUGGCCAAAUAAAAAGAAGGACAAGACUCACAAUGCUCUCUCUUCCCGGGAACUCAUUAUACAACCAGGAUACAUGAUGCAAUUUAAAAUUGUGGUGGGCUGUGAGGCCACUUCUUGUGGUGACCUUCAUUCUGUCAUGCUGGAGUACACUAAGGAUGCAAGGUCCGAUUCCUGGCAGCUCGUUCAAACCCAAUGCCUGCCUUCCUCUUCAAACAGCAUUGGCUGCUCCCCCUUCCAGUUCCAUGAAGCCACCAUCUACAACGCUGUUAACAGCUCGAGCUGGAAGAGAAUCACCAUCCAGCUGCCGGACCAUGUCUCUUCCAGUGCAACACAGUUCCGCUGGAUCCAGAAGGGGGAAGAGACUGAGAAGCAGAGCUGGGCGAUCGACCACGUGUACAUUGGAGAGGCUUGCCCCAAGCUCUGCAGCGGGCACGGGUACUGCACCACCGGCGCCGUCUGCAUCUGUGAUGAAAGUUUCCAAGGUGAUGACUGCUCUGUUUUCAGUCAUGAUCUUCCCAGCUAUAUUAAAGAUAAUUUUGAGUCAGCAAGAGUCACUGAGGCAAACUGGGAGACCAUUCAAGGUGGAGUGAUAGGAAGUGGCUGUGGGCAGCUGGCACCCUAUGCCCAUGGAGACUCACUCUAUUUUAAUGGCUGUCAGAUAAGGCAAGCUGCUACCAAACCUCUGGAUCUCACUCGAGCAAGUAAAAUUAUGUUUGUUUUGCAAAUUGGGAGCGCAUCCCAGACGGACAGCUGUAACAGCGACCUGAGUGGCCCCCACGCCGUGGACAAAGCUGUGCUGCUGCAGUACAGCAUCAACAACGGGAUCACCUGGCAUGUUAUCGCACAGCACCAGCCGAAGGACUUCACACAGGCGCAGAGAGUGUCUUACAAUGUCCCCCUGGAAGCACGGAUGAAAGGAGUGUUACUGCGCUGGUGGCAACCACGCCACAAUGGAACAGGUCAUGAUCAGUGGGCUUUGGACCAUGUGGAGGUCGUGCUAGUAAGCACUCGCAAACAAAAUUACAUGAUGAAUUUUUCACGACAACAUGGGCUCAGGCACUUCUACAACAGAAGACGAAGGUCUCUUAGACGAUACCCAUGA